ACAACAACAACAACAACAACAAAACUGUCCCUCAACAACAAAACAAAGUUAAAAGUUAUCAAAACAUAACUAAAAUCAUCAGAAAAAAAAUAAUAUGACCGCCUGUUUUUAUUCAGUUCAUUUAACACUGUCCGUUAUUGAAAGUUGUGAACAUUUACCUGUUAUAUUUAUCUGCUACUCUUUCCCCGCGUUAGAUUUCAGCAAAGGAGACACUGUAGGAGACGUUGCGUAAGAUGGACAGUUAAUGAACGCCCUGAAGGGGAGAGUAAGCAGCGGGUCCUUCACAAUGGAGAGGAACACGAAAGGGAUGGAAGUCUUUGAAAUCCUUGGCGGAAAUUAGGAAGAUGCGACGAAGACCUGGAGUUGCAGAUGAGUAUUUCGUCCCCACAUUAAUAUUUAGUAGUUCCUCUUCAUAUUAACUCCUUCAAUAGUUCCUGUUCAGUUCUGCUGUCGAUUUGUCACGAUAUUUUUUUCACCUGGUGUUUACUUGUAAUAGGAAUAAAUGAUGAGUAUAAAUGUUUGUCUUUUUUUUUAAUGUUUAUAGACUUUUUCUUCAUAUUAACUUGUUUGACUAUUUCAUUUCAGUUUUAAUGUGGAAGUGGAAUGGUAACUUUAAGUGGAGAAGGUGGCAGAAAAACUUAGUCUGAAGUAGGAAUAUUAUAUGAACUUUUGCUUCUACUGUAAUUCUUCAGAGAGAAAUUUUUAUUAGAUAUAUUAAAGAGAAGCUGAUUGAAGUAUACUACGUUCAGAUUGGAGAGUUGUGAGUCUUUACUAUAGUUCCCCUUCUUAUUCAUUCAGGUGACCUCGGAGCGGUGGAGGGAAGGAGGCCCGGAGAGUGGAGAAACUUCGGCCUGAAGAACAUUAUUAAGAUACAGUAGUAAGGGAGAUCGCCAGGCGGGCAGACGAGGGGGCGAGCAAGGGCCUGGCGCGAUGGUCCACUGCCGGAGGGAAGCAACGGGUGUGAUGUGUCUUAUCCUCCUCCUGGGACGCUGCCAAAGCCUUCUUAGGAACACCGCCUCCGCUGCUCCGGUGCUGCUGACUCGCGAAGAUCUCAAGUUUCUCUUUGAUGACACUGACGAUGUUCCCAGCCACUCCAUCGUACACCUUCGUUCCAAAUCCCGGGAGAAGCGGUCGUCACCGGGGCUCACAGAAAACCCGGGGCUCCUUGACGUGACCAUCGAGGACCACGGCAAACAGGUAGAGUUCGAGCUGAGGCCGAACAAUCAACUGGUGUCGCCCGAGUUCGUGGUGGUGGUGCGCAGUGCUGACGGGGUGGUGAGGGAGCGCGGCGCCACCAGGCCUUCCUGUUUGUUCUCGGGUGUUGCGAAAGGACACCCAGAGAUCACCGCCGCCUUGUCUGACUGUGAUGGCCAUGGAUUUACCGGUGUCAUCAUCUCGAGGAAUGAAACUCACCUGAUAAGGCCGCAUCCUGGACUGCGGCGGCGGCGGCGACAGGCGAUCUUAGACGGGGAAGAGGGUCUCACGCCGGACGGCCUUCACAUCAUCCACGCCAGGAAAAAGAACAUGAAGUGCGGAGUGUUCGACCUGGAGGCCAUGAAGGCGCCGCGCGUGCUAGUGGAGCUGCCACAGGAUGAGGCGACGAGUCAGGAUGAGCAGGACGUGGACAGGACCAAGCGAGAGGCGACGGAGGAACUGAGGAUCGAGACGGCUGUGUUCGUGGACGACGACAUGGUGACGUUCAUUAGGCAGAGGUACCCGCGUUUAGAGGUGAAGGAGACCAUCACGGACACUGUCUUCGCCAUCAUGAACGGGGUGGCUCUGCUGUACACGGCGCCGUCCCUGGAGCAGCACUUCAUCAUCACGGUGGUCAAGCUGGAAAUCAUUGAGGACAGCACCAAGGGACCCGACAAAGCGCACGGCAACAUUCAGCUGUACCUCAGUAAUUUCUGUUCGUGGCAGAGGAACCAGAAGGGCAAGAUGCGGGAGAACUGGGACCACGCCCUCAUGUUAUCUGGACUAGACUUGUGGGAUGGCGACCCAGACUCAACUUCUGUCAUAGGUCUGGCAUGGGUGGCAGGGAUGUGUCAAGCCAGCUACUCGUGCACCAUCAACGAGGGCACCAGUUUCGAGUCUGUCUUCGUCAUCACCCACGAGCUCGGCCACAACCUAGGUAUGUCCCACGACGGUUCGCGGGACGACAAGAACACGUGUAGUGCAAACAAGCACCUCAUGUCCUCGUCGACGGGGCCCGGGAAGGUGACGUGGUCCUCUUGCUCCAACCGCGAGCUGAAGGAUUUCCUGAGCAAAUACACCCUCGAGUGUCUGACAACCACCUCUCUGGUGCCGUGGAAAGGAAGCAUCGCCGGGGACCAGCUGCCUGGGGAAGUGUACUCCAAGGAGGAACAGUGCAACUUCGCUGAGGGCUCGGGAUUCAAGCCUUACGUCACCUCCAAACACCCUUAUAACGAUGUGUGUCGAGAGCUAUGGUGCCAAAACACGACGCACGCCCUCCGCACACACCCGGCGCUAGAGGGCACCACUUGUGGCAUUAAGAAGUUCUGUAUCAACGGGAACUGUCAGAUCAAGCCUCCCAGGCAAGUCACCGUCACAGUGCCUCCCAUCACCACUACCACCACCACCAGGGCUCCAAGCAAGGAGACCAAGGGAUUCUCAAAUCUCCUCUGGCGCAUCAGGAAUUUGUUUAAGAGAUACAUGUCCCUGCGGCAAGAACUCCCUGCCAGCGUGUUCACCUCCAAGUGGCGGCUGACGCAUUCCUCCCAGUGCUCGGCCACGUGCGGGGGAGGCUGGACCAAGGGCGAAAUUACUUGUACCACGGCUGACGGCAGUGUGCGCCUCGGGGACGAUCUGUGUAAUCCUGACUCCCGCCCGGUGCCAUGGUCGUCUUGCAACACCAGCCCCUGUGUGUCCUCAGAUGGCGGCAGCGGCAUCCACUUCCCGAGCGACUGACUGUGGUGGUGGUGGAGGAGGAGAAGGCGUUGCAACUUACCCACUGCCUCUCCUGCCUCGCUGCCUUCUCCUCACUUUCUCGUCCUCAUCUGUCCUUUCUUAAUGUUUCCCUACUGUGUCAUUUUCUGUCUCUAUAUCCUCGUUGUAUCGUUCCCUCACGCGUCCCCCCUUCGCCAGUUCGUGUCAUCAUUGCACUCACUCCGUCCAUCUCUUGUGAUACUUUCGAUAUCUUUACGAAAACUGUAUUCCAUUAAUGCUCACCGUUCCAUCACGUCAAUAUACUACUAGACGAACGCAAUGUGUCUAUAGCAGUAUUUUCAAGGUAUGAGUUAGUUAUGUAUGUAUAUCUAUAUAUGUAUAUUUUUUCAUCAUGCUGACCACGACACAAACAAACACGUCAUAACCGCCCUGUAGUAUUCCCUCAGUACUGACUAGUCAUUCCCUCAGAAUAUACGUAAUAAAAAGACUAUAUUUUUCAUUAAUAAUGAAGAAAACGAGGCACGUAAAUAUUUGUAUGUGUGUAUGGCAGUGGGAGGAAGAGGAAGGUGGGAACUUGGAGAGAGAGAGAGAGAGAGAGAGAGAGAGAGAGAGAGAGAGAGAGAGAGAGAGAGAGAGAGAGAGAGAGAGGUGAGGAGUUGGUCCGUGACUUUAGACAACCGCAAUGAUCUGUGAUAAUGACACGAAUAAAGGCAUGACGUCCA